GGAGCGGGAGGGGCAAGCAGUUUACGAGGAGUGCGAAGCAGCGCCGGCGGCAACGGGCUGAGCGCAAGCGCUCUGGGGGAAUGAGCCUCCAGCAACAGCAGAGUAAGUGAGACAGAGCAGCGAGCGCAUUACCACGGCCACUUCACUCUCUCCACUCACCUCCUCUGUCCCCGCGUGAACAUCUGUCCGAACUGGCAUUCCCAUCGAUACACCUUUCCACGUAACGACUAUCGAUCCUACAAAUAGCAACAGCUGGCAGUAACUGACCAUGUCUCGGCGAAAACAGAGAAACCCCAGGCAAAUCAAACGACCACUGGAAGACACAGUUGAAGAUGAUGAGGAAGAAUGUUUGUCUGAAGAAAAUGAUGCAAUUAAUGGAGGAGACUACACACAGGAAGAAAACUUCUCAGCGGAGUAUGGGUCAGAACAUCUCAGCUGUGAAGAAACAGAAUAUUACUGUGAUAAAGGCAAAGGUCGCAUGCAACCGCCACCUGUCAGGGCAGACAGGAGGGGGGCCCUCUCAGGCUACGAGACUGACCAGUCUGGAGGAGAGGGUCCUCUUCCUCAUGGACAGCCGAGCUCCAUGCCCCAGUGUCAGCAGAGCAAGUUAAGAAUCUGCCUGGUGAUGAAGAUGGCAGUCAGGAAACAGCAGAAUCAGAUGGAGAAAAGCCAGGCCAGUCUAAUUUGGAGCUGGAAGACUGGAAUGGACCAGAAGACAAAAACAGCUGUCCCUAUAGUGGUGCAUGCUGGUCCCAAGUGGCUGAUGGAUGUGACUUGGCGAGGAACAGAUGACAACAACAACAACUGUGUUGUGUACAGCAAAGGUGGCCAGCUUUGGUGUACAAUGACAAAAAUGCUCUUGGAAGGAGAGGAACUGGUUGCAUUUGCUGUGGAAUUUGACUCAAGGCUGCAAGCUGUCAGCCAAAUGGCCAUCACAGAGGGCAUGUAUCCAGCACGCCUCCUGGAUACAAUACAGCUGCUUCCUCAACAAGCAGCCAUGGCAUCCAUUUUACCUACUGCAAUCGUCAACAAAGACAUCUUUCCAUGCAAAUCAUGUGGAAUUUGGUACCGCAGUGAACGGAACCUACAAGCUCAUCUCAUGUACUACUGCAGUGGGAGACAAAGGGAAGCAUCUUCACUACCAGAAGAGAAAGAAGCUGGUCCUCUUCAGCAACCAUGUGUCUGCUCUUACCCACAAUGUAACAAAAGCUUCCCCAGUGCUAGAGCACUUGAAAUUCACAUGAAUUCACACAGUGGUCUGAAAUUUGAAGACUGUCUUUCUGCUGGUGCCAGCCUGAAGUGUACCAUCUGUGAGUAUAUGGCAGACAAUGUGCUGAGUUUCCAACACCAUGUACUCACUCACCUCACACCAGCUGCCUUCAAAUGCAAUCAUUGCCACUUUGGUUUCCAAAGCCACAGGAAGCUUUUGCAACACCAGGAGCUUCAUCACAGUCAGAGCAGGAAGCUGCAAAGGGAAGGUGAAAAUGAACACUCACUGUUCGACAAUGAGGACACUUUUCAGUCGAUAGCAGCAGAUGCAGCAAGCAGACAGGAAGUUCCGCCGAGUCCAGGGGUCAGCCAGAAUAAGGAAAUGUGCUCUGACACUGAGGGAGAAAAGAUUGAGAAAAAUGUACAGUUGGGUGUAACACAUCAGAAGAAUGAAGCUCAGCCAGCAGGAAACAGACAGAACUUUCCUUUUGCCAGAAUCAAAUCAGAGCCAUCCAGCCCACGACUCGCUUCCUCUCCAAUUCAACCUAACAUAGGAUCCACUGUCCCAAUGGGCCCCUUUCUUUCUCAGUUUGCUCUUUCCCAGGAUAUUUCCAUGGUUCCUCAAGCUUCAGAAAUCCUGGCUAAAAUGUCUGAACUGGUACACCGCAGGUUAAGACAAGGAGGAAGCAACUAUCCACCUGUCAUUUACAGCCCUCUUGUACCAAAAGGGGCCAUUUGCUUUGAAUGCAAUAUCACAUUCAAUAACUUGGAUAAUUAUUUGAUCCACAAGAAACACUACUGUAGUACACGAUGGCAACAUGUAGUCAAGUCCCCAGACUUUGCCAAUACUAAUGAGAAGAUGCCAGAGACAAUAAGUCCCAGCAGUGGACCCAGCCCCAUUAGCAUUCAUAGCGCCCUUUGUAACCCACCCAAUCCUGAAAAUCCACUUCUUCAGUCAACCAGCGUCAACUCCUCUGUAGUCCUAGAUGUAGCAGGGCCUGAUGGAAAAAGUUCAGACAAAGAUCAUUCCAUGCAGUUGAAGAAAGAGCCAUCCACCAGCAGCAAUGAUGAACAACACGAUGGAAAAUCAAAGGAUGUGAAGAGUCCCAGCACUCCCAUAUUGGAAACAGCUAAUGAUCCAAAUAAGACUACUUGUGAAGCCUGCAAUAUAACUUUCAGCAGGCAUGAAACAUAUGCUGUGCACAAGCAGUACUACUGCGCCUCACGACAUGAUCCACCAAUGAAGCGAAUGGCAGCGAAUAAAGUACCAGCAAUGCAAAGGACCAUACGUAGUCGCAAGCGGCGGAAGAUGUACGAGAUGUCACUCCCAGAACAGGAGCAAAGAUCACAGCUGGUCCAACAAGCUUUCUUUAGCGUAUCAGCCAUGGGUAGCCCUGGAACAUCUUCUCAGGAAUCACUGGAGAAUCUAGGUGAAAACUCCCACCGGAGGUGUGAAAUGUUUCUUGGAAAGCAAAUGGAGUCCUCUGUCUCAGGAGCUAGAAACCUUACUUCUGCCAAGUGUAGUGCGUCACAGUCAGUUGUUGCCAGUAUGGACCUAGAUCUUCCUAUGGAUUUAAGCAAAAAGUGUUCACCUCAAACUGAGAAAGCAAGCUGUUCUCCUAAGAGACUUUUGGACUAUCACGAAUGUACUGUGUGCAAGAUUAGUUUUAACAAAGUAGAGAGUUACCUUGCACACAAGCAAAAUUUUUGCCCAGGUACGGGUGUCCCCCGUGCAGAAGCGGGCCAUUUAGAGCAAUCAAAAUUUCAUGAGCUGCAAAAAGAAAGUGCUUUAGUGAAAACUGAAACUGUCAGCCCUGAAGUCAGCAAUGAAAGAAAUACAGUGAAAUGUGAGAAAAAUGAAAAUUCUAAACUGGUCUCCCCCAAUGGAAAUAUAUUUCCCACACAGUUAGGACCCCUCUAUGGGCUGAAAACUUUCAGUGAGGCAGCUCAGCUCACUUCUGCUAAAGAAGAAAACAAGAAUGUGGUUUAUCCACAUUGCCUUUAUCCUGGAGCAAUAAAAAAAAUGACAGGGACUGAGCAACUAUCUCCAUAUUAUGGGAUUAAGCCGACUGACUACAUCUCAGGAGCUGUUUUCAUACGAAGUGAAAUAGAUGAGCUGGUGCAAUCCACACGCGAUAGAAGUGAUCCUCCUGAAGACCAGCCCGUUUCCAAUGGAUGUUCCUCUCAGAAGAAGGAACCUGUUCCGUUGAUACCUAAGAGCAGGGGAAUGACGACAGUCAAUGGGGGAACAAAACAAGAUGAAAGAUCUUUCUCAAGCAACCCACAUCAGGAUAACUUAUCCCAGAGUUCCCAGCAAGCAGAUGGCCAUGAAUCUCCUUCUUGGGUAUCUGAGUGUCCUGUCAUUCCAAAUGAAAACCCAUCACCCACAGCUAAAGCUUUGUUAGAAGAGCAAUUAGUUCACACUCCAAAAAGCAUUGGUGGUUCUGUCCAGCCCACAAAUAGCGGGAAAUACUGUCGUCUCUGUGACAUUCAAUUUAAUAACUUGUCUAACUUUAUAACCCACAAGAAGUUCUACUGCUCAUCACAUGCUGCAGAGCAUGUCAAAUGAAAGUUGCUGUCAUGCACUGCUCCUGUUUGUAGUAUAGUGUUGGUCAUGCACAGUUUGUAUAAAAAUGUGAAAAGAAUUUUAAAAAAAAUGCUGCUUGAUUUACAUCAGAACAGUUACACCAGGACAAUCAAGGGAUGGCUGUGUAGUUCAAUAGCUUGAGGCUAGUCUGUCAUUUCAUAAAGCAGUUCAUAAGUCUUGAUAUUAAUGUGAAAUGCCAGUACUAUUUUUCACCAGAAUUAAUUUAUUUUCCAAGCAGUAUUCAUAGCUGUAGUUAAAUUUCAAUUUUAUUUAAAGUUUAUACUAAAAUUGUUUUUAACAUUGUAUAGUUAUUCUUGUGCACUGUAGAGAGAGUCUGAGUCACAUACAUAGAGACAGCAUUUGUAGGUUAACUGGUGAGGUAAAGCACUUGUGUAUUCGAAUAUCCCUGUAUUUGUUGCAAUUUUCCUGUACGUGCCAGAAUAUAAGUUGCUUUAUUUUGAGACUGCAAACAUCAGAACAUGUGAAGGACUUCAAAACUACUAAAGAGGCAUACAAAUUUCAUUUCAUAUUUAAUAUAACAUUUUCAGUCCUAAAUUGCAGCUUAUAUAUCAGCAUAUACAGUAAUCAGUAGGCUUUGCUUAAGAUGAAAAAUAUGUAGCAGUUUGUUCCUAUCCACUUUCUUAAACUGAGGUAUGUAUGUUUUAUUGAAGUUGUUAACAUUCUUGUAUCUGUACUGUACUUUCCUUUGCUGACGCUUUUGUCUCACUUUUGAAACAUUUGCUGUAAAAUGCAAAAUUUAAUAUGAACAACAUUACUGGAAGCAGUAUUGAACAGUGGUUGAAACCCUUCUGCUGUAUUUUAUUGAAAAUAUAAUUAGUAGUUGCAGUUGCUGUUGCAAAAGUCAUUUUGGGACAAUGAAAUCUGAAUAAUAGAGUACCAAUACUGCAACUGGUGAUAAAACGAAUAUUGUUCUACUUCUGAUAGAAAUUAUUUCUCAACAAUGUUGUUACUAUGCAUGUAUAUGUAUGGAAUAAAAAUUCCAUAAAGCAAGAGAA